UCUCUUUCUUUACUUUAAUAUUCUUUUUCAGUAGACACUUUCCUUCAUCUCCAAUCCUUUUGUUUCUUCAUUAACAAUAUAAUCCGCUAGGCCUUUUUAUUUAACACAGUGCUACCAUACAUACAUAUGUAUGAUAUAUACAUUGUUAGUUCUAAGAGAAAAAAGCACAGUUAAACACGAUCGAAUCGAUCAAUGGGAGAUUGGGGACCGGUGUUUGUGUCGGUGGUGCUAUUUAUAAUACUAACACCGGGGCUGCUGGUUCAGAUCCCGGGCCGGAAUAGGGUGGUAGAGUUUAGUAGCUUCCAUACAAGUGGUCCUUCCAUACUUGUUCAUGCUUUGAUUUAUUUUGCUUUUAUUUGUAUUUUCUUGUUAGCUAUUGAUAUCCAUGUCUACCUUGGAUAGCAAAUUGAGUGUGUCUUGUUAGCUGCUUUAAGUAAUGUAUUCAUCAUUAAUCUUGAUGUUGAAUAUAUUACCACCAAAGUUUAAGCUGACACUUAAAUUUUCGAAAUUCAUGUACUAUAUAAAUCUGUAAAGUUGAUUUGGUAAUGCAUGAUGAAACUUAUAUUAUAUGUUCACAAUUAGUUUUAGAUGAAUUCCAUGCUUUUUAAUUUGAGGAUAUUAAAUACGUUUUCAUUGAUCUUUAUUCAUAUAAUUUUUAUAAUAGUAUAUAAAUGGGUGGAAGGUAUUUUGCGGUAGAGGCCCACUAGGCAUUAACAAUAGAUCAUGUUGAAUUUUUAUUCUUUAUUCUAUUGAAUAUUGAAGAAUUGUAAUUUAGCAAU